AUGGCGCGGAAGUGGAACCUGCUUCUUCUUCUUGUGCCAUUUGUGUUCGGCCCGGCUCUCGUUCGCAGCUCCUCCGGCCCUCUGCCCCUGGUUCUCAACACAUGGCCUUUUAAGAAUGCAACAGAAGCAGCCAGGAGGACCUUAGAAGCUGGAGGUUCUUCUCUGGAUGCAGUUGAGAAUGGCUGUGCUGUAUGUGAGCUGGAGCAGUGUGAUGGCACUGUCGGCUUCGGGGGAAGUCCUGAUGAAUUUGGAGAAACCACACUGGAUGCAAUGAUCAUGGAUGGCACUACUAUGGAUGUAGGUGCAGUAGGAGAUCUCAGACGAAUUAAAAAUGCUAUUGGUGUGGCUCGAAAAGUACUGGAAUAUACAACACACACACUUUUAGUAGGAGAAUCAGCCACUAAGUUUGCUGAAAAUAUGGGAUUUAUCAAUGAAGAUUUAUCUACCAAUACAUCCCGAGUUCUUCAUUCGGAUUGGCUUGCUGGAAACUGCCAGCCUAACUAUUGGAGGAAUGUUGUACCAGAUGCUUCAAAACACUGUGGACCCUACAAACCCAAACCACACAGUAUGUUAAAACAAGAUAGGCCUACCCAUAAAGAAAAAGGAGAUAAUUUUGGGCAUGAUACUAUUGGCAUGGUUGCAAUUCAUAAGACCGGACGUACUGCUGCUGGCACAUCUACAAAUGGUAUAAAAUUCAAAAUACCUGGCCGUGUAGGAGAUUCACCAAUACCUGGAUCUGGUGCCUAUGCUGAUGAUACAGCAGGGGCCGCUGCAGCCACUGGGGACGGAGAUGUAUUGAUGCGCUUCCUACCCAGCUACCAAGCUGUAGAAUAUAUGAGAGGAGGAGAAGAUCCAACCAGAGCUUGUCAAAAAGUGAUUUCAAGAAUUCAGAAGUAUUUUCCAAAAUUUUUUGGAGCUGUUAUCUGUGCCAAUGUGACUGGAAGUUAUGGUGCUGCUUGCAAUAAACUUCCAACAUUUACUCAAUUUAGUUUCAUGGUCUAUAAUUCACUAAAAAACCAACCAACUGAAGAAAAAGUAGACUGCAUCUAAUCCAUCUCUUUUGUCAGCAUGUAUAUUUAAAA